AUGUUCAGGGAUGUGGCUGUAGACUUCUCACAGGAGGAGUGGGAAUUUCUGGACUUGAAGCAGAGGAACUUGUACAGAGAUGUGAUGUUGGAGAACUACAGCCACUUGGUUUCAUUGGGACUCUCUCUUCCUAAACCAACUUUGAUUUCCUUUUUGGAACAAGAUAAUGAGCCUUGGAUUGUUGAGAAAGAGUCACCAAAAAGCCUAUACCCAGAUGUGAAAUCCCAAUGUGCAACAAAGGAGUUAUCAUCAAGGGAUGACAAUUAUGAAAUGAAGUUAUCUCAAAGGAAGAAAAUGGAAAGACUUACAAGCUAUGACUUUGGAUGUUCCAUUUUUCAAGAUGAUUGGAAGUAUAAUCAUCAUUUUCAGACAGAACAGAGAAAUCAAGAAGAAUAUCUUAAAGUUGUGACAAUCACCCAUGAAAAUAUGCAAAGUCUCAGUCAACAAAUAUCCUAUAGUCUACAUCAGAUAUAUCAUACUAGGCAAAAACCCUAUGAAUGCAGAGAACGUGGGAAAGUCUUCAAUUACCACUCACUGCUAAUUCACCAUGGGAGAAAUCACACCAAAGAAAAAUGCUAUGAAUGUAAGGAUUGUGGAAAGGCUUUUAGCAGUUGCUCAAAACUUACUGGACAUCAGAGAAUUCAUAAUGGAGAAAAACUCUAUGAAUGUAAUGAGUGUGGGAAAAUAAUUCAUACUGGAGAGAAACCCUAUGAAUGCAAAGAAUGUAGAAAAGCUUUCAGUUACCACUCAUCCCUCAUUCGACAUGAAAAAACACAUACUAAAGAAAAACACUAUGAAUGUAAAGAAUGUGGGAAGGCUUUUAGCAACAGCUCAAUUCUUAAGGGACAUCAGAGAGUUCACAGUGGAAAAAGACCCUAUGAAUGUGGGGAAUGUGGGAAAGCCUUCCAUCACCACUCAAUCCUUAUUCAACAUCAGAGAAUUCACACUGGAGAAAGACCCUAUGAAUGUAACAAUUGUAAUAAAGCUUUUCGUUAUCAUUCAAAUCUUAUCGGACAUCAAAAAAUUCAUUCCAGAGCAAAACUCUUUGAGUGUAAGGAAUGGAAUGUAGACAGUCCUUUAGUCAUAACAGAGAACUUUCACACCAUUAAUGAAUUCAUACUGGUGAAAAACUUUAUGAAUGUAAGGAAUGUGGCAAAUCUUUUGGUCAAGGAGCACAACUUAUUCAUAAUCAGAUAA